AUGGAGGCGAAGCGCAGUGAGUACGAUGCGGGGAAACGGGAGGGAGUCAAGAAGCACAAGUACGGCAACGAGGAAAUGAACGGAGGGGACCACCUAGCGGGGGAUGUCCAGUACGACCUGGAGAUAGAGACCCGCCUGGAGGAUGAGGAGUCAGCAAACCACAUGGGAAGUGACUCAAUCGGCGGAAUGGGACGAAAUCACAUAAACGUAGCUAGCCUGAAGGACGAAGUAGUCCAGAACGACCUCAAUAAUGACGACCUGGAUGACAAAAGCCUCGGGCUGAUAAAAGACAAAUCCAUUAGAAGAAGGGAAAAUGAAUUUCAGAGGAGGAAGUAUGAUUAUAUGAUAUCUCCGGGGAGGGCUGACCCCUUUGGAGACAGGAGCCCAUCCCCCGGGGAGAGAACCUACGCGGAUGUGAUGAUGGACCGAAACAGUGAGAGUCAAAAGAUGAAGCUCACAGCCGUCAGUGCGACUGCUGCUGCGAAGGAUGCUUCGUUGGAGGCCACCGGUGCCCAACCACGGGGUAGUAGAAAGAUGAGGUGGGGUGUCACCGAAAGUGACACCGCCGGGAGAGGAGAACCAGGAGAGUCAGGUACGUCCACUAAAGCGAAUGAAGGAAUUAAGAAAGAACAAGGGAAAAGUAAGUGGGACAUCUUAUCCGAAGAGGAGAGCAAAUCGACCAGCUUUGGCAACAUGCCGACGCCCGCACCGUCCAAGUGGGUUGACACACCAUUCAUACUCAACGACGGGGGUGCAGUAAAGAAGAAAAAGAUUUCGAGAUGGGACAAAGUCGGGGAAGGGACUGCUGGGUCAGCGCCGGAUAGCCUCGCCCAGAGUGACAUGAUGAAAACGCCUAAGGUUGUGGCUCCUGGAGGGGUAGCAACCGGAGGGGUAACAACCGGCGGGAUAGCAACCUGGGGGGCCACCCCAGGAGGUAUGCUCAAGACGCCCUACCUCAUGCCCGGAAGCGGCAACUUCGUCAACACUCCGUACGUGCAGAACCAAUUGGGUAACGCCGCAACGAUGUUCACACCCAUGACCCCGGGAGUGGCCUCCCUGGCCGUGGACUCGAUAAUCAAAAUGAAGAUAAAGAACGAAAUGGAGAUCCGAAACAGGCCACUAACCGAUGAGGACCUGGACGAGCUGCUUCCCUCUGAGGGAUAUGAAAUUGUGCAGCCCCCAGAGGAGUACGAGGCGAUAAGAAGGAACAAAUUGAAAGCGUUUUUUAAGACCGUGGCGAGCACGGCGGGGACUCCCCUUCUGAUGGGUAGUGCAUCCGCUGGAGGAGCCACUGCAGGACCGACUGCAGGAGUGACUGCUUCACUGGGGGAGCACCACACAGGAGGGAUGGAGACCCCUUAUUCGGGUAGAGACGCGAUGAAUAGUACACUGGUGAGCGGAAUGCUGCCGAGCGGAACCCCCUUCUACGAAAUACCGACCGCUACGACAAGUCAGGUGAAGGAUGCAGAAGUAGGAGAGACACUGCUACAAAGUAGGCAGUUCGAAAUAACGAACCCCCAAUUGGUAAGCGAGCUAAAAUAUGUUCAGCUAAAAAAUGAAGACUUCAUCUAUUUCAGUAAGCUCUUUCAAACCGUUGACGAGAGUGACCUCUCACAGGAGGAGCUGAAAGAGAGGAAGCUUAUGAUUCUUCUCCUUAAGAUAAAGAAUGGAACGCCAUCGAUUCGACGGACCGCUCUCAGGGCUAUCACCGAUAAGGUAAAGGAACUCGGUCCAGAGACGCUAUUCAAUUUGAUUCUUCCUCUAAUGAUGCAUAAUACGUUGGAAGACCAGGAGAGACACCUCCUCGUAAAAGUCAUUGACCGCAUUUUAUUUAAGCUGGAUGAUCUGGUCAGACCAUAUGUACACAAAAUUCUAGUCGUCAUUGAGCCGCUGCUAAUCGAUGAGGAUUACUACGCCAGAGUGGAAGGAAGAGAAAUAAUAAGUAACUUAGCCAAAGCGGCAGGGUUAGCCACUAUGAUUGGUAUUAUGAGACCAGAUAUAGAUCAUCCGGAUGAGUACGUCAGGAAUACCACUGCGAGAGCAUUUGCCGUUGUUGCAUCUGCACUUGGCAUUCCAUCGUUGAUUCUGUUUCUCAAAGCGGUGUGUCAAUCGAAGAAAAAUUGGGAAGCCAGACACACAGGGAUUAAGAUUGUUCAGCAGAUUGCCAUUCUUAUGGGGUGUGCCGUUUUGCCUCACCUGAGACAGCUCGUUUCGAUUGUGGCUCAUGGGCUACAUGAUGAGCAACAGAAAGUAAAGACCAUCACUGCGCUGGCCAUAGCGGCGUUAGCGGAAGCGGCAGCACCGUAUGGGAUUGAAGCGUUUGACUCGGUUUUGAGACCUCUCUGGAAGGGAAUCACGGAGCAUAGAGGUAAAGUCUUAGCUGCUUUUUUAAAAGCUAUCGGAUUGAUCAUCCCUUUGAUGGAUCCAUACCAUGCGAGUUACUACACGAGGGAAGUCAUGGUGAUUCUCAUUAAUGAGUUUAACUCCCCAGAUGAAGAAAUGAAAAAGGUUGUUCUGAAAUGUGUGAAGCAGUGUAUACAAACGGAGGGCAUCGAAAAGGAUUACAUCAAUCAGGAGGUGUUGAACCCAUUUUUUGACAAAUUUUGGGUUCUAAGAGGUAGCCACGAUAAGAGGAAUCUACAUCUGAUAGUCGAAACGACCGUCGAAAUUUCAAACAAAAUAGGAGGAGCCGUUGUCAUUGCGAGGAUUGUGGACGAUUUGAAGGACCCCUCUGAGCAGUUCAGAAAGAUGGUGAUGCAAACAAUUCAAAGCAUCGUCAAUAAUCAGGGGGUAGACGAUAUAGACCAGACAUUAGAGGAGCAACUAAUCGAUGGGAUUCUUUACGCAUUCCAGGAGCAAGCCUCAGAGGACUACUACGUCCUGCUCAACUCCUUCGAUGCCAUUGUCAACAAAUUGCAGAUCCGAAUGAAGCCCUACUUGCCGCAGAUAGCCGGAAUCAUCCGGUGGAGACUAAACACGCCGCUACCAAAGAUUAGACAACAGAGCGCAGAGCUGAUUGCAAGGAUCGCCAACCUGAUGCAUCUCUGCGAGGAGCACCAGAUGUUGGGUCAUCUGGCCCUCUACCUUUAUGAAUACCUUGGAGAAGAAUAUCCAGAGGUGUUAGGAAACAUCAUCGGUGCGUUAAAAUCCAUCGUAGUGGUCCUUGGCGUGCAGAACAUGACUCCACCGAUAAAGGACCUCCUCCCAAGAAUAACCCCCAUUUUGAAAAACCGACAUGAGAAGGUACAAGAAAAUGUUAUCGAUCUGAUUGGCAUCAUUGCAGACAAGGGAGGUGAUUUAGUCUCUCCAAAGGAAUGGGAUCGCAUAUGUUUCGAUCUAAUUGAGCUGCUAAAAUCGAAUAAGAAACUAAUCAGAAGAGCAACGAUCCAGACAUUUGGCUAUAUAGCCAGAACGAUCGGACCGUUUGAGGUUCUAACCGUUUUACUUAAUAAUCUGCGCGUCCAGGAGAGACAACUCCGAGUGUGUACCACGGUUGCCAUUGCCAUAGUAGCAGACACGUGUCUUCCCUACUCCGUCCUUGCUGCUCUAAUGAAUGAGUAUCGAACCCAGGAUCUCAACGUGCAGAAUGGAGUGCUAAAGGCUCUAUCCUUUAUGUUUGAAUAUAUCGGCGAAAUUGCAAAAGACUAUGUCUACGCAGUGGUGCCUCUGCUGGAACACGCUCUCAUGGAUCGAGAUUUGGUACACAGACAGAUUGCCACCUGGGCUUGCAAACACUUAGCACUUGGCUGCUUUGGACUAAACAGAGAAGACGCGCUGAUCCAUUUGCUAAACUUCGUGUGGCCCAAUAUAUUUGAGACCUCUCCUCAUCUCAUUCAAGCGGUCAUUGAUUCUAUUGAUGGAUUCAGGGUAGCCCUGGGGCCCGCCAUCAUCUUCCAGUAUCUAGUGCAGGGCAUUUUUCACCCCUCCAGGAAGGUGCGCGAAAUAUAUUGGAAGAUCUACAACAACGUGUAUAUCGGGCACCAGGACAGCCUCGUCCCUGUGUACCCGCCCUUCGAGCGCCUCGCCGACAGCAACUUCGCGCGCGACGAGCUGCGCUACACGCUGUGA